AUGGACUCUCAGCAGUCGAGCGCUGUUGAGAUGGAAUCAACAAAACCGCAAGAAAGACGCGCAUCAGACGACCCCAAUGCGCGAUUCGGAUUAAAGCCGGACCAACGACUACCGUACAUCGCCCUGGCUACAUUCGGUACGGGUAUGGGCAUCGGUGCCUUCCACGGGAGUCAGACGGCCUCCUAUCGCUUUCGCGCCGAAAACGCGCACCGUUUCCCCACGACGAAUAAAGGAUGGUUUCUGUACCACAAGGAUAAAAGCAACCUGCGCUUGGUGACGGCCGUCAAGGAGGGAUUCAAGAUGGGAGGCAAGCUAGGUGCGGGCGCCCUUGCGUUCGGGUUCUUCGAAGAAACGGUGGACAAAGCCCGGAAUGACCGAGAUUUCUUGUCUACGGUCACGGCGGGAUUGACGUUCUCAGGCAUUUACAGUCUACUAGGUUGGUUCUCAGAGGCCCCCUUUGGUUUUACUUUCGCCCGACACGAUGUUUACACGGCUGCCCGCACGGCGAAGUUCGGCUUGAAGUUCGGCCUGGCAUACGGCUUGAUGCAGGACCUUCUCGAGACCCUGAAGGGCAAACGGCCCAAAUACGUUGAUUUCAUACUAGGAGAUCGCCUGUCUAAGGCGGAGUGA